UUCGCCAUCAUCUUCAUGAAAGUUUGAAAUCUGAGUAUUUAUUGGUAGAUGACCCUAAAGAAUUAUGGGAUAAUCUCCAAGAAAGGUAUGGCCAUCAACAAAAGGUCCUUUUACCAAAAGCUCAAUAUGACUGGAUCAAUUUACGAUUCCAGGAUUACAAAUCUGUAAGUGACUACAAUUCUGCUUUGUUCCAAAUAACAUCAAAACUAAAGUUAUGCGGACAAAAAGUCACUGAUGCUGAAAUGUUGGAGAAAACUUUGUCCACUAUGCAUGUUUCAAAUGUGCUUUUACAAGAGCAAUAUAGACAAAAGCAUUUUCAAAAGUAUUCUGAUUUGAUAUCAGUAUUACUAUUUGCUGAGACGAAUACCGACA